AUGCAGUAUUCGGUUAUUGUCUUUUUCCUCGCUUCUUUCUUGUCUGCCUGCGUCUUCGCCUUUCCGACUGCUAGCUCAGCGGGAGGUCAGUCGCAAGGUCAGCAUCCUCGCUUCGUCUCUCGGGGUGUCAGACGUCUGGAUACUCGGGCUCCUCAAAACAAUAAUGGCAACGGAAAUGGGCAGACCGGAGCAAGCCAAGGUCAGAACAGCUCGGCCAAUGGACGCAACGGUGUCAGCGACACUCAGGUUAUGAACGCUGUCAUGUCCUGGAUGAACAACACUGGCAAGGUUACCAAGUUCCUCAAUAGCGCAACGUCCUUCACCGGAGCCGAGUUCACCAGACAGGCCACGAUCGCACUCAACGCCGAGGUUGACGAGCUCAACCACAAGAUGGUUCUUGACGUCGCGCUUUCCGGAAUGGACAUGGUCAACCAAGCCAACGAUGUUCUCGCCAAUCAAGGUACUUUCCAGCAGGUUGUUGAUACUCUGCAGUCCAUGGUCACCAACGGUCCUGAUACCGCUCAGAAUGAUGUCAACACCAUCAACAACAACCGCUGCGUUAACGUUCUCCCUAACAUUGACAUGUACUUUGCCGCUGCUGGUAUGCCCCAGAUUCAGGCAGUUCGUCCUACUGGAUGCUUGGAGGUUGCUGGUGCGAAUGUGACUCCGGCUGUUCCCCCGCUGAACAACGGUGGUAACAACGGAGGUGCCGCUGCUCCUCAGGUCACCACUCCUCCCGCUGCGAACAACGGUAACCAGAAUCAGAACAACAACAACAACCAGGGCAACAACAACAACAACCAGAACAACAACAACAACCAGGGCAACAACAACAACCAGAACCAGGGCAACAACAACAACAACCAGGGCAACAACAACAACAACCAGGGCAACAACAACAGCCAGAACCAGGGCAACAACAACAGCCAGAACCAGGGCAACAGCAACAACCAGGGCAACAACAACAACAACCAGAACCAGAACAACAACCAGGGUAAUAGCAACAACAAUAACAACCAGGGUAACAGCAACAACCAGGGCAACAACAACAACAGCCAAGCCCAAAGCAACGGUUCUGGUAAUGGAAAUGGAAGUGGCCCGCAACCUGCUACGCUGGGAUCCAACAAUGGUGGCAAUGGCAACAACAACAACCAGGGUAACAGCAACAACCAGAACAACCAGAACAGCCAGUCGCAGCGCGUACAAUCCCAGAGCACAGGCGGCAACACUCUGCAGCCUGCCAAGUUGGGGUCUUCCAAGCCCGCCAACAACUAG